AUGCCACCAAUUCGCAAUAAAAACCGGAAAAAUUUAGAUGAGCAAGAGGGACGAAUCUUAUUAGCAAUUUCCGAUUUACAGAAUGGCCGAAUUCAACGUGUAGCUCAAGCUGCAAGGAUUUACGAGAUCCCCCGGACAACUUUACAAGAUAGACUCAAUGGUAUUCAACAAAGAUCUCUCGUACGCGCCAACAGCCAUAAAUUGACUCAAUAUGAAGAGGAAUCGCUUGUCAAAUGGGUGCUUGAUUUAGAUCGACGUGGAUUACCCCCCCGGCAUUCUCUUAUCGAUUCCAAAUUCGCAAGGAAAUACAACUACGAACGUGCUAAAUGCGAAGAUCCAAAGAUAAUACAAGAACAUUUUGAUCGCGUACAAGCUGCUAUAUCUGAGUACGGCAUCUUACCGGAAGAUAUAUUCAACUUUGAUGAGACUGGCUUUGCUAUGGGACUCUGUGCAACUGCAAAGGUUAUUACUGGAAGCGAUCGAUAUGCUCAGCCGAAGCUUUUACAGCCUGAAAUCGAGAAUGGGUGA